GCAGUUUACUUCGCUGUGUGAGUCUGUAGCACCGAGCGCAAUGAGUUCCAAGGAGCCCGCAUCCGCCCCGGUGGAGAAGUACAAGCUGGUGGUGGUUGGAGGAGGGGGUGUGGGCAAAAGUGCCCUGACUAUCCAGUUCAUCCAGUCUUAUUUUGUUUCGGAUUAUGACCCAACCAUUGAAGAUUCUUAUACAAAAAUUUGUUCCAUCGAUGGAAAGCAAACAAGGCUCGACAUUUUGGACACAGCAGGCCAAGAAGAGUUUGGGGCAAUGAGGGAACAGUACAUGCGAACAGGAGAGGGUUUCCUUUUGAUCUUCGCAAUCAAUGACAGAGGAAGCUUUAAUGAAAUGAGCAAGUUUCACACGCAGAUUCUUCGCGUCAAGGACAGAGACGAGUUUCCCAUGAUUCUGGUUGGCAAUAAAGCAGAUCUGGAUCUGCAGAGGCAGGUGACCAAAGAGGAAGCUCUUAGCUUUGCACGGGAAAAUCACAUUCCCUAUAUGGAGGCUUCUGCUAAAAUUCGACUAAAUGUGGAUGAGUCUUUCCAUGAACUAGUCAGAGCGAUCAGGAAAUUUCAAGAGCUGGAGUGCCCUCCCACCCCAGCAGUCAACCCGAAGAAAAAGGAAUCCAAAAGCUGCCCUUGUGUCAUCCUGUAACUCCACAUUGAGGGGAAAUGCUGAGGGUCGGCACAGGAAUACCAGGGGAGGGGGUCUGGACAACUCAAGGAAUACAAGGCAUUGCUCCUGCAGCCAAGCUCUACAUCAGCGGUCCACUUCAGCCAACGCAUCACGGCAAACCCAGAGUCUACAUCAAAGUGGCAACUUCUUUAUUCUCGCCAUCACGCAGCAGUCACACCUGCUGGCCCAGCCAAUGGAGCUGAUGGGCGCCUCCUGAGGACUGAACAGCCCCUCCCCCAUGUGUAUCAAGGGGUGGAGCUCUAUGCGCUACUAAAGAGAAGAGGCAGUUUGCACACACUCCCUUCCGUUGUGCUGAUGCUUUUAUGUUUCUCUAUACUGGGAUCUGCAUGUAAAUAUAUAUUCUGUAUAUAUAUUUUA